AUGGUCGCAUCCAUGGCGGUCGUUAUCUCGCUUAACUUCUCCGCCAUGGCGCACAUCGCGCUGGCCAUGGGCGUACUGGAGAGCGAGUGGGAGGAGAAGCUGUGGCAGGAGUUUUGCAACCAGAUCCUCAACGCCGUCGGCACGCUCGGCUGCCUCGUCGUGCACCCGCUGCGAUGCUACUACCUCGUGCGACUCUGGCGAUGGAGUCGCGAGGACGUCGCCAGCCUUCGCGCGGUGCUCUCGGCGGCGGGACCGUUCGUCGAGAAGCCCAACGAGCGGUGGCAUCUGGGCGUCGUGCUAAUACUCCUGCAGCUCAACUGCUUCGGCCAAUACGCCAUCGCGCUUUUCAUGUGGUUUGUCUCGGAACCCGAUCGACCUCUCGUUCUCCUCGGGUUUAUCGUGAUUAUCGCCCUCGGAUCGCUUAUCGCGGCUGGGAUUUACUGCUCCUGGAGCCCCCUCGGCUGGCCUACCGCGUCUAAGCCUGAGAAGAAGACACGGAAUCGCGGGAAAUCCGGCGGUCGCGUCGUUCCCGUGACGAGCGCCGAGGAAGACGGUGGUGCACCUGCUGGCGCUGCGGAGGAGGGGGGGAGUCUGUGCGGGAAGUGCGGCGGCGUGCUGUGCGACAGCGCCGCGGACGACGGCGACGACGAUGUUGAUCGGGUCGCACAGAAGCAAGGGCUGUACGUGCGACUGGACGACGCGAGCGCGGCGGGAAAGCAGAAACCGCACGAGUGGAAAACGCCCACGUGGCAGCCGAUGGGGGAGCUGGCGCGGCCGCAAUGGCAAGGCUCGGCGCUAGACUGCUGCGCGGACGGCGUAGGCUCGGCAGUUUGGACCACGCUCUGCUGCUUCUGCGUGCACGGACGACACGUGGAGCGAGCUGGGUUCGGCAACAGGAUCGUCCACACUGCAAUGUUCAUAUUUUUCGUCUUUGGACCUAUCGUGAUCUUUACUCUCGGCUCGCGUCCCAUCGCUAGUGUACCCAUGCAGUGGAUUGUGUUUGGGUUGGGGAUUCUUGUAACGAUUGGCGGGGUGACUUACGGCGGGUACUGGCGGUGGAAGUUGCGGCGGACGUUUCUGUUGCCGGAGGAAGAGUGGUGCUGCGGGCACAAGGCAGCGACGGACUUUGCGUCGUGGUACGUGCUGCCGUGCUGCUCGCUGUGCCAAGAGGUGCGCACCGUGCGGCACUACCACCUCCACAUGCUCCCGCACCUGCCCGAUGAGACCCCGGGUGAGGCGCAGGCGGCGGGGCAGGGGAAGGAGAUCACUGUGCUGACUAUGGCGCCCGCUUCUAUUUGCAUGGAGGCCUGUGAGAUUGGUGUGUGA